AUGGAAGUCAACAUCCAACCGCAGGCUCUUUCGGGGACUGUGGUCGACAGGGUGCUUGGUUCGACCAAAUCAACUUCCAGUAUAACCGUGACGCCCGUCCCCGCGGCCCUCAUCGACACGACCUUCUCUUCCUCGACGAACUUGUCCACUACCGUCCUGGGCGCCUCCAUUGUGUCUUUCUCGGACGAAUACUUCGCCGCCGCCGCCAACCUCCUCACACCCACUCCUCCCGUUCGAAAACCGGGGGUGUUCGUACACACGGGAGCGUGGUAUGACGGAUGGGAAACGAGGAGGCACAACCCCAAGGAAUACGACUGGGUGGUGAUUAAACUCGGCUGUGUGGCACAGAUAGAGGCUGUGGAGGUGGACACGGCUUACUUCAACGGGAACGAGGCUCCGCUCGCGGGGUUGGACGGCGUGGCCUUUUCAAGUGACGAGGACGACAGCGAGGCCGCCAAAGAAGGGUACGCUGGAUGGAUGGAGGUUCUGCCCCCCCAGAAGUGCGGGCCGUCUCAACGGCAAGCAUGGAAAGUCUCUGGGCCGGGUGUGCAGGGGAAGCAGUUCACGCAUUUGAGGUUAAAGCAGUACCCAGAUGGGGGGAUUGCGCGGUUGAGGGUCUAUGGCACAGUUGUGCCCCCGUCGUUACCGGCAAGUGUGGCCUCCGGGAAGGAAGAGAGACCUCUGGAAGAUCUCGCCAGUGCCCUCAACGGCGGUGUGGCCAUUGAAUGCUCGGACCAACAUUUCGGCGGGAAGAACUAUCUGCUCCUGCCAGGCCGAGGGAAGGACAUGGGAGACGGGUGGGAGACGGCCAGAAGCAGGGUCAAGGGUCACACCGACUGGGUGAUUGUCCGCCUCGGAUUGAAGGGCCGGAAAAUCGAGAAAGUCAUUGUCGACACCAAAGAUUUCAGAGGGAAUUUCCCCCGAGCUGUCAAGGUUGAAGGGUGGGCAACCGAAGUGGCCAAGGCCGCUUUGGGCACCGAGGCGGACCCCAAGCAUGAUGCCACGGGCUGGACAGCACUGGUUAAGGGAGAGCAGCCUUGCCAGGCGGAUACAGAGCACGGCUUUGAAGGGGACCAGCUGGUGGUGUCUGAGCCGCCAGAAGGACAUGUGUGGACGCAUGUGAAGAUGACCAUCAUCCCCGACGGAGGGGUCAAGAGACUGAGAAUAUUUGGGAGGAGGGCGUGA